AGCGGUUGUCAAUAAUGUCAAGUUUCAAACAGAAGCAUGCGGCUGAGCUGUGGCCGGCCCCUCAAUCCUCGUUGUUUUGUUUGUGAAAGUUGUCUGAAAAGAUUUAUUUACCAGAUAUCCAUAGCUAAUCACUGACAUAAUGGACGUCCUUUCGAGACCGGCAGAAGAAUUCGUCAAUGAUGGAACCGUGGAAGAACUGUGGGCUGUUAAGGCGGUUGAUCACGCGGAGGUACAUUUCAAUCUUCUGUGUAGUGUGGAUCCUCGCUUACUUCGCUUAACACCAUACGACGAUGAAAUAUACGAGCAGUUCCGGCGUAUGUUUCCGGACAUGGAUGUGCGAGUGGUGAACGAAACCCAACUAAAGAAUUCUGACGCAAAAACUAAAUGGAGAGCUUAUGUGGAAAAGUUUAAUCGACUGGAAGAUUUCAGCUAUGGCACAUUGCUGCGCGCGGACGCAGAAGAAGAAUUCCGACCAGAAAAUGCAAUUCUGGUAGUAAGAAUCCAGUUCUGGGCGAUCGAGAUAGCUAGGAAUCGGGAAGGACUUAACGAUAGCGUUAGGAUGAAAUUCCGUGGAAAAUAUAUUAACCGAGAUAUUUAAUAAACCGUUCCUUGUUUUCAUAUUCUCAA